AUGGCGGCAGCCGAGGGGCUCUGGGAGGAGGCGAUUUGCUCCAUUUGCCUGGAUUUCUUCUGCGCUCCGGUGAUGCUGGACUGCGGGCACAACUUCUGCCGAGCCUGCAUCUCCCUGUGCUGGGCCCGGGCCCCCGUCCCCUCCUGCCCCCAGUGCCGGCAGACCUUCCCCAGCAGCGGCCUCCGGCCCAACCGGCUUCUGGGCAACAUCGCGGAGCGGCUGAAGCGGCUGGGCCAGCCUGGGGGGGACGAGGACCAAAUACAGUCGCAGCUGGAGAGCCUCAGGAGAGAGAAAGGAGAACUGGAGGAACGGGAAAGGAAGGAGCGAUGGAUCUGCCAGGACUGUCUGCCAUGGAUGCUUUUAAUUGCUGCCUGUCCCUUUCUGUGGUCCUGCUCUCCCUUGAGAGGAUUGUUUUUGCCUGUAAAGGAAAAAGUGAAGGCGGAGAAGCAGAAGAUUGCACCUGAAUUUAAGCAGCUGCGACAGUACCUGGAGGAACAAGAGUGCCUGCUGCUGGCUCGGCUGGGAGAGCUGGAGGAGCAGAUUAAAACAAGAUUGAAAGAAAAUGCUGCUAAAUUCUCUGAGAAGAUUAUUUAUCUGGAUGGCCUGAUCAAGGAGAAGGAGUGUCAGCUGCCAGGACACAAGUCCCUGCAGGUGAGGUCUGCUGGAAUAUCAGUGCUGUCUUGGUGUGAGGGGGCAAAACUCCAGCGCAAGGAGCGGAUGAGCCACGAGCUGAAAGAGGAGCCCGGCGUCUGCUCAGAAAAAGCUCCCGCGCUAGAGGAGACAGCAAGAAAACCCCAAGAUGCUUUGACAACUGACACAGGGGAGGGAGUGGAGGAAUCACAGGGACCGUACAGAAAAGUGAACGUGACUCUGGAUCCAGACACAGCUCAGUCCCGGCUCGUCUUGUUGGAAGAUCAGAGAAGUGUGAUGCAGGGAGCCACACAGCAGAGCCAGCUUGACAACCCAGAGCGCUUUGACCCGUGGCCUUGUGUGCUGGGCUGCGAGGGAUUUGACUCAGGGCGAUCAUGCUGGGAGGUGGAGGUGGGCUAUGGGUCGUGCUGGGCUGUGGGGGUGGCCCUGGAGUCUGUGAAGAGGAAGGGACCGAUUGACAUGAGCCCCGUGGGGGGGAUCUGGGCGGUGGGACGGUAUAAGGAGAGGUUCCAGGCUCUCACUUCCCCUUCUCCCACCCCUCUUCUCCCCAGCACGGUCCCCCGGAGGGUGCGAGUCUGUCUGGACCAUGCAGGGGGGCAGGUGAUGUUUGUCAACGUGGAGAGCGAGGCUGUGAUUUUCACUUUCCCACGAGCCAUGUUUGCGGGGGAGCGAAUCCAUCCCUGGUUCUGGGUGGGUAAGGGGUCCCAGCUCAAACUGCAUCCUCAGACCUGAGGAGGUGUGUCCCUCCAAGGAGGCUCUGCUGUGGC